AUGCCACACCUGCGUGACCGUGUCGCGGUUCUGCCGCUGCUAUUCGUGCUUCUGCUGCUGCAGAUGGCUUUCGUUGGCCCUGUCACCGCAGCUAAGCUGACGGAGGCGGACUUCAAGCGCAUGAAGAUCCGGGAUCUCCGCAGCUUCUUGGAGGAGCGAGGACUCACCUGCGUGGGCUGUCAGGAGAAGGCCGACUUCUCGCGCUAUGCGUAUCAAAACCGUGACAAGAAACCCCUCAGCGAGCAGGGAAAACGUGAAGUACCUGACGCGCCGUUCUGGGUGGUGUGGCGGGACAUCGCCAAGGAGGUCUGCGAGGAGGCCGUUAAAAAGCGCGGGCUUGACGUGACAUCGACGCCACAGUCCGACGUCUGCAACGCCAUCGUCUACGUCACGGAGAGCUUCUUCAUGCAGCACGGUAAACGGACUGCAAACAAGCUGCGCAAGAAGCCAGAUGCCCUCCUCAAGACCUCCCACAAGGGAGUCUACUACGAUUCCGGGCGACUGCUGUUGGAGCGGCUGGUAAACUACUGCCUGGCCUCGGCAGACCACCAAGUCAAAUGCAGCUCGGUGAGCAAACUGAUGACGCUUGCUGAGGAGGCGAAGGUUGUGGACCUGCAGGGGUGGAUGACGAAUGUCGGCAUUGAGAACACUAACCCAAUGUAUGAGCUGCUAGACAGGCGCGACGAUCUUUGA